AGAUUUAAGAUGUCUUUAAAACUUAAUUAUAUCGCUGGCAAUCCUAGAGCAAAUAAAAUCCUUGCUGCUGCUAAACUCGCCAAUGUUGAUGUUGCUUCCCACCUCUUAGAAUGGAAAGAUUUAGAAACCCCAGAAUUCUUAGCAAAGAAUCCAUUGGGCAAAGUCCCUGUUCUAGAGACCCCCGAAGGCGUUUUGACUGAAAGCAACGCCAUCCUUUAAUAUGUGGUCAGAGGUACUCCUUUGGUUGGUGCCAAUGAAUUCCAAUAAGCCAAAGUCAAAUAAUGGUUAGACUUUGCAACAGGUGAAAUCGAGCCAUAAUUGAUUUAACUCUUGUUGCCAGUCCUUGGACAUUUUCCAAUCAAUCCAACUUAAGCAACUUAAGCUCAUGCUGAAUUGGAUUGGAAAUUCAAAGUUUUGGAAGCUCAUUUCGCCAAUAGUAAAUACUUGGUUGGUGAUUAAUUGACAAUAGCUGACAUUAAUUUAGCUUCAUACUUUUAAGGAAUAUUCUAAUUCCUCUAUGGAGAAGACGACAGAGUUAAGUUAGUGAAUAUUGUCAGAUGGUAUAAAUAAGUUUCAGAACUUCCAGCUUUCUUAGAUUUAUUCGGAAGAACAAGAUAUACAAAGAAGGCAUUCCCUGCAUUGUAAUUCGCUGGACACCACGGUCAUGAACAUCAUGAAAAGAAGGAGAAGAAAGAGAAAUAACCUUAAUAAUAAUAACCAAAACAAGAGAAACCAAAGAAGGAGGAGAAACCUUAAAAGGCUGAAGAAGAAGAGGAAGAAAAACCAAAGAAGUAAGUCUGUGAAUUUGAUGCCUUACCACCAUCAACUUUCAAUAUUGAUGAUUGGAAGAGAUAAUUCUUAGCAUCAAAGGACUAAGCUGCUGAAUUCUAACACUUUUGGAAUGUCUUUGAUUCAUAAGGAUGGUCUAUCUGGAUUGUCAAAUACAUUAAGGGAGAAGGUGAAGGAAAAGUUCUUAUUUCCUUCAGAAACAAUUGCAAUGGAUUUUUACAAAGAGCAGAUCCACACUUUAAGAAAUGGGCAUUUGCUAUCCAUGGAGUCUAUGGAGAUGUUCCAAAUCUUGAAAUCAGUGGUGCUUGGAUCUGGAGAGGAACUGAAGUCCCAUAAUAUUUGAAAGAUCACCCAACCUUCGAGUAUCUUUAACUUACAAAGCUUGAUGCAACCAAAGCUGAAGACAGAGCCUUGUUUGAAGAAUACUGGACUCAAUAGACUGAAGAUGAAUCAAAGGUCUAAGGCUAAACAGCAAGAGCUUUAUAUUAUUUCAGAUGAUAAGUUAUCUAAAAUAUCGUACACAAUAAAUAGAAAUACAAAUCGUUUUUACUUCAAUAUCAUCUCUAAAUGCAUAUUGUUUAUGUCCUCUCCUUCUAUUUCUCUUAGAUUUUAAUGUCACAUUUAAAUUAUUAUAAGAAUAUUUUUAGAUUUAAUAUUUUAAAUGUUUAA